AUGGCAUGGUACAAUGUCCAGUGGGUAAGUAAUUUUGGUCCACCGGGAAAACUCAUAGAAUAUCUCGGACUACGCUUUCCAUUAUUUUUUUUGAUAACAAAUAUUGUUGUUUUGGUCGUGCACACCGGCGAAGCUUUAACUGCCUUUAAGUUAUGCAAAUUACUGAGUCUUACAACAAAUGAUUCAAUAAAAUGGACACUACAAACGCUUAUUUAUGGCUAUCCAUCGCUACGAUUACUCUUAAAUUAUUCAACUUCACUACGACGCCAUCGAUAG